CCCGCCCUGCCCCCACCCCGAGCGACCCCAGGGGCCCCGGGACGGGCUCCGGCCGCCGCGGCGCCGGCCCUCGGGCCCGCGGCCGCUGUCCGGGAGCCCCGCUGUCCCCCGCAGGUUAAUUACUUCAGUCAUAAAGGAUUUUAACAUUCCUGGGAACAUCCCCUUUCACCUUUGCUCAGAAGGAAGCUCUGAGUCUGUGGCUUAGCUCCUGAAGAAGUGCCUUUCAGGAGGCCACAUACAGAUGCUUUCAUGAAGAGGGGUGAAAAGCCAGAAGGGUACAGACAGAUGAGGCCUAAGACCUUUCCUGCCAGUAACUACCCUGGCAGCAGCCGACAAAUGCUGCAGGAAAUCCGAGAAUCCCUUAGGAAUUUAUCUAAGCCAUCUGAUGCCGUGAAGGCUGAGCAGAACCUAAGCAAGAUGUCAACUGAAGAUCCCAGGCAAGUGAGAAAUCCACCCAAAUUCGGCACACAUCAUAAAGCCUUGCAAGAGAUUCGAAACUCACUACUACCAUUCGCAAAUGAAACAAGUUCUUCCCGGAGCCCCUCAGAAGUUAAUCCACAGAUGUUUCAGGAUUUGCAGGCUGCUGGCUUUGAUGAGGACAUGAUUAUUCAAGCUCUUCAGAAAACUAAUAACAGAAGCAUAGAAGCAGCUGUUGAAUUCAUUAGUAAAAUGAGUUACCAAGAUCCUCGUCGAGAACAGAUGGCUGCAGCAGCUGCCAGACCUUUUAAUGCCAGCAUGAAACCAGGAAAUGUGCAACAAUCAAUUAACCGCAAACAAAGCUGGAAAGGUUCUAAAGAGUCUUUAGUUCCUCAGAGACACGGCCCACCUCUAGGAGAAAAUGUGGUCUAUCGUUCUGAAAGCCCCAAUUCACAGGCAGAUGUAGGAAGACCUCUGUCUGGAUCUGGCAUUGCAGCAUUUGCUCAAGCUCACCCAAGCAAUGGACAGAGAGUGAACCCCCCACCACCUCCUCAAGUUAGGAGUGUUACUCCUCCACCACCUCCAAGAGGCCAGACUCCCCCUCCACGAGGCACAACUCCACCUCCUCCUUCAUGGGAGCCAAACUCUCAGACAAAGCGCUAUUCUGGGAGCAUGGAAUACGUAAUCUCCAGAAUCUCUCCUGUUCCACCUGGAGCAUGGCAGGAGGGCUACCCACCACCAUCUCUCAACACUUCUCCCAUGAAUCCUCCCAACCAGGGACAGAGAGGCAUUAAUUCUGUUCCAGUUGGCAGACAACCAAUCAUCAUGCAAAAUACUAACAAAUUUAACUUUCCUCCAGGGAGACCUGGAGCUCAGAAUGGUGGUGGCCAGACUGAUUUUAUCAUGCACCAAAAUGUUGUCCCUGCUGGUGCUGUGACACGGCAGCCACCACCUCCAUAUCCUCUUACCCCAUCUAAUGGACAGAGCCCUUCCGCUUUACAGACAGGGGGUUCUGCUGCUCCUCCAUCAUAUGCAAAUGGAAACCUUCCUCAGUCGAUGAUGGUGCCCAACAGGAACAGCCACAACAUGGAGCUGUAUAAUAUUAAUGUCCCUGGACUGCAGACAACAUGGCCCCAGUCAUCUUCUGCUCCUGUCCAGUCGUCCCCAAGCAGUGGGCAUGACAUUCCUACAUGGCAACCUAACAUACCAGUGAGGUCAAAUUCUUUUAAUAACCCAUUAGGAAGCAGAACAAGUCACUCUGCUAAUUCUCAGCCUUCAGCCACUACCGUCACUGCGAUCACACCAGCUCCUAUUCAACAGCCCGUGAAAAGCAUGCGCGUUCUGAAACCAGAGCUGCAGACGGCAUUAGCCCCUACCCAUCCUUCUUGGAUGCCGCAGCCAGUUCAGCCUGUCCAGCCUGUUCAGCCUAGCCCUUUCUCUGAUGGUGCAGCUUCGAAUGUGCCUGUCAUCUCACCUGUUCCUGAAGCUCCAAGCUAUCAAGGUCCACCACCACCUUAUCCAAAACAUUUGCUACACCAAACCCCAUCUGUUCCUCCCUAUGAGUCAGUAAAUAAACCCUGCAAAGACGAUCAGCCUAGCUUACCAAAGGAAGAGGACGCUGAGAAAAGUUUGGACAGUGUUGACUGUGGGGAUAAAGAAAAGAAACAGAUUACAACUUCACCUAUCACUGUUAGGAAAAACAAGAAAGAUGAAGAACGCAGAGAGUCUCGAAUUCAGAGUUACUCCCCUCAGGCUUUUAAAUUCUUUAUGGAGCAACAUGUAGAAAAUGUCCUGAAAUCUCAUCAGCAGCGUCUGCAUCGGAAAAAGCAAUUAGAAAAUGAAAUGAUGCGGGUUGGAUUAUCUCAAGAUGCCCAGGAUCAAAUGAGAAAGAUGCUUUGCCAGAAAGAGUCUAACUAUAUUCGUCUUAAAAGGGCUAAAAUGGACAAGUCAAUGUUUGUGAAGAUAAAGACAUUAGGAAUAGGAGCAUUUGGUGAAGUGUGUCUAGCAAGAAAAGUCGAUACUAAAGCUUUGUAUGCAACAAAAACUCUGCGAAAGAAAGAUGUUCUGCUCCGAAAUCAAGUGGCUCAUGUUAAAGCGGAGAGAGACAUUCUGGCAGAAGCUGACAAUGAGUGGGUGGUCCGCUUGUACUAUUCGUUCCAGGACAAGGACAAUUUGUACUUUGUGAUGGACUACAUUCCUGGGGGUGACAUGAUGAGCCUAUUGAUUAGAAUGGGCAUCUUUCCAGAGAAGCUGGCACGAUUCUACAUAGCAGAGCUUACCUGUGCAGUUGAAAGUGUUCACAAAAUGGGUUUUAUUCAUAGAGAUAUUAAGCCUGAUAACAUUUUGAUUGACCGUGAUGGUCAUAUUAAAUUGACUGACUUUGGUCUGUGCACUGGCUUCAGAUGGACACAUGAUUCCAAGUACUACCAGAGUGGAGAUCAUCCCCGGCAAGAUAGCAUGGACUUCAGUAAUGAAUGGGGAGAUCCCUCCAGCUGUCGCUGUGGAGACAGACUGAAGCCGCUGGAGCGGAGAGCGGCCCGGCAGCACCAGCGCUGCCUGGCACACUCUUUGGUCGGGACUCCCAAUUACAUUGCACCUGAAGUGCUACUGCGAACAGGAUAUACGCAGCUAUGUGAUUGGUGGAGUGUCGGUGUUAUUCUUUUUGAAAUGUUGGUGGGACAGCCUCCUUUCUUGGCACAGACACCAUUAGAAACACAAAUGAAGGUUAUCAACUGGCAAACUUCUCUCCAUAUCCCUCCUCAAGCUAAGCUGAGUCCUGAAGCCUCUGACCUCAUUAUCAAACUUUGCCGAGGACCAGAAGACCGCCUCGGCAAGAAUGGUGCUGAUGAAAUAAAGGCUCACCCGUUUUUUAAGACCAUUGACUUCUCCAGUGAUCUGAGGCAGCAGUCUGCCUCGUACAUCCCUAAAAUCACACACCCCACAGACACAUCCAAUUUUGACCCUGUCGAUCCUGAUAAGUUGUGGAGUGAUGAUAACGAGGAGGAAAAUAUUAGCGACACUCUGAAUGGCUGGUAUAAAAAUGGAAAGCACCCUGAACAUGCUUUCUAUGAGUUUACGUUUCGGAGGUUUUUUGAUGACAAUGGCUACCCAUAUAACUAUCCAAAGCCUAUUGAGUAUGAAUACAUGAAUUCACAAGGCUCAGAGCAACAGUCUGACGAAGAUGAUCAACACUCAGGCUCUGAUGUAAAAAACCGUGAUCUAGUAUAUGUUUAAUACACUAGGAGAUAAUUGUAUGAAUUUACAGAAAGGCCUGAAAUGCAGGGUUUUUUGAGGUUUUGAGAAGAUUAUGCAAAUAUGACAGAGUUUGCUCUGUGUACAAUAUUUUAUUUUCCUAAAUUAUGGGAAAUUGUUUUAAAAUGUUAAUUUAUUCCACUCUUUUAAUUCAAUAAUUUAGAAUAAAUUGUUAUAAGGAAAGUAAAUUAUGAACUGAGUAUUAUAGUCAGUUCUUGGUACUUAAAGUACCUAAAAAAAAUAGUGCUCUGUUUAAAAAGAGAAACCUGGUAUCUAUUUGUAUAUAUGCUAAAUAAUUUUAAAAUUCAAGAGUUUUUGAAGAUUUUUGAAAGACAGUUUUAUCUUGCUUUAACCAAAUAUAAAAGACAUCCAUAUUUCCCUUAUAACUUUGGUUUUAGAUAACAAGCUUAAAAAAAUAAAUAAACAAAAUCAAGCCAUCAUUUUAGAAGGUAUUUCUAGGCUAAUGCCAGUCUGGAAGUCAUGUCUUGGAUUCACAAAUACAGAGCAGGAACACUGUGUUACUAGAAAUAAUACAGUUUACCCUUUCCUUCGCAGCAAUCCUUAACCUACCAUUUCUCUCUCAAUUACCGGCUUUAAAAGAAGCCAGAGCACUACUAGUUUUGUUUCCACAUUGGUAUUAAUGCUGCUUCCAGUUUUUGUUUUGUUUUUUUUUUUUUCUGAGACAGGGUUUCUCUAUGUAGCCCUAGUUGUCCUGGACUCACUCUGUAGACCAGGCUGGCUUUGAACUCAAAGAGAUCCACCUGCCUCUGCCUCCCAAGUGCUGGGACUAAAGGCAUGUGCCACCACUGCCUGGCUGCUUCCAGUUUUAAAAGGGAACAAAGUUGCCAUAAAUUGAAUUUUCAAAUACUGAAAAAUAAGGUCUUUAAUAUUUUUAUCUUAAAAUUAGAAGAAAAUUUUCCAUCUCCUAAGCAAAGAAAUUCUUUUCAGUUUGUAAAACUUGGAUUAGAAUGUGUGUACUCACUAAGAAAGUACUUUUUCUAGGGGCUGAGGAUAUAGCUCAGUGGUAGAGCACUUGCUUAACAUACACAAAGCCCUGGGUUCAGUUCCUAGCCCCCUGCCCCAAAGGUAGCUUUGCUGACAGUGAGCAAUCUUGGUCAGUGCUGCCGAUGUCCCUUUCGCAUUAGUGCUACAGCACAAAUCACUGGCAAAGGAAAAUGUAACUAUUUGGCACUAUUAUACCUAAGAGUAGAUUAAUUGGUUAAAAAUAAUUAUUAAUUAACUCUUAAUUGGGAUGGCCAUUCCUAAUUAGAAGUUACAAAGCAGGUUAGAAAGUUAAGACCUCCUGAGCUAUUUAAGAUUUAUGUCCUAUUUAUAUAAUGUUUAGGUUCUAAGGAACAGUUGUGGAUGAAUAACAAAAUGCAUAGUAACGUCUUUCAGGAAGAAAAAUCAGGCUGUAAUCUGACCUUAGUGGAGUCAGUGUAUUAUUUCAUUUUCUUAAGGUUUACUGACAUGAAUCACAUUCUCAGACUUAAUGGUUAUGGAUAAGGAUGACAUUUACCUAGCUAGUUUUCCUAUAAAAGCUACUUGGUUUAAAAUGGUAUGUAUCGUAAAAUUAAACGCAAGCUAUUUGGUUGAAUUGGGGAGAGAAAAAAAUUACUAGCGUACACUUUGAUGUUGAGCCUUUGGGGCCACCGGUUCUUUUUGAGAUGAAGGCUUGUGAACUCUGUGCAUAUCAACACACAUACAGGAAGUGCUGCGUGCACUUUGAGGAGACCCUGGUCGUGAUGAAACCUCACCGACGGCAGGUUAAAGACCUACGUCCUGGAAGUAAAUUGCUGUAUUAAACUAAGAACUUUAUUUAUUGCACAGCAUUUUUAAGUGAGCACAUUUUGUAAACUAAUGGUCUGUAUUGUAAAGGUUGGUAGAGUGCGAUGUGACGGCCCUGUGAGUGGCCGUCACUAUUUCUAACACUAUUUUGAGGGCACUGGAAUGUCUUGUGUUUCUGAAGGCUUUCUAAUGAGAACUAUAAGAGGAUGUGUGAUCGUGAAACAGUCUACAGCAUGAAGCAUUUCAAUAGUCUGUAAAAUCCUAUGCAAAGCAUACUUACUAAAGGCGUUUUGACUUGGUUCCCACAUUCGUAUGAAAGCCCUCUUGUUCUUUGGGCUUGUUCACUCAGAUCGACAUUUUCAUGUAUUCCUGCAUUAUGGUGCAAUACAGUAGAAAACCAGCUUUGUCAUGUUCACGCUGCAGGCCGGCUAUGGUGCUGUCUCUUCCUCUCACAGCCAUGCUUCCUCAGGCUGCAAACACUACAAAUUCUCUGUCAUUCUACACUUCCCCCCGACGGGAUAAGCUUUUCACAUUUGUCUGAGGCAGUGUACAAGCAUUUAGGAUCUGUGAUUUUAGUAUUCUAUCCAUAAUUCUAAUGUUUUGGAGACUCAUUGGUUAUUUUACUCCCUGACUCCAUCCAGUUCUUCCAGCACAGAAGCGGGUGCUUUCUUAGCAAACAGUGAGAACAGCAUAAAAACCUGGACACUCUUAACUGAAACGGGCAAAGACGCUAUUCUCUCUGCUCUCCCUUAGAACUGGCCGUCUUUUGUACUUGCCCUGUGAUGAGUAUCGAUAGUAUUUAUGAAAUAUGUUCUAUAAUUAUGUAACUGUACAUACUGUUGUGUGUUGUUGAGUGGCGUCCUGAGGCAGGCCCUGUUGCUGUAUCUGUCCUAUCCUCCUAUUUGUAAUAGAAACUAUAGAAUGUAUGACUAAGAAGUCACUUUGAGAUUGACUUUUUUAAAAAGUUAUUACCUUCUGCUGUUGAGAAGUGCAAACUGUGAGUGGAAAUGUUUUAUUCUGAGUUAAUAAUACGUUAGAAAUUAGAAACAGUGGGAGGAGUUCUUAGAUAUGCUGCUGCUGUUACCCAAGGUACUUCAGAAAUUUUUCUCUAAUAAACAAAUCCCUUUGAUAUUUAAAGUAAAACAGUCUGUUUUUUUUAUCUAAAAUAAAAUGUAAUUUGGUCAACAUAUUGGUAUAUUUGUAAAGUGCCUCACUAUAUUCCUUUGCGGAGGGCACUCCCCUGUUUACUUUUAUAUUGUAUUAUGUAUAUAAGUAUUUUGUAUUAAAAUGAAAUCAAUGGCAACACUACCAUUUUAUAAAAUAAUGCUUUGCUAGAAAAAAAUUUCAGCUUUGCAAUAUAACAACUGUUUUGCAUAUUUCUGAAUGUAAUAGAAUAAAUAAUCAGUCUGUUUUUAAUGAAUCUAUUUGUAUUUUCCCAAUCAUUUCCUCUAGUGUAACCUUUCUGGGAUAAUAAAAAAAUUCAAGACUUUUAA